GUCUGUGAUAAAUCCAUAAGAGGUGAUACUUUGUUCAAGAUACACCUGACUACACCAGGACAUAUAAAGUCACAGGUCUUUGACAGAUUCAAGAUAAGUCACAUAGCAGGAAACAAGGAACAUCAUCCAAAAGUGAUAUUUCACUAUCUUUCCAAGCUGUUAGCAACAUCAGGGGACUUAAAAGAAAACAAACAACCUCUCCAGUACUUUAUUUCUGAUGUAUUGCCUUCUUGGAUAUCCUGUGACCAUACUUCCUUCUGUCCUGCAAGCCAAGGACCAUGCAUCUUGGUAUACCCAAGUUAAAUAAGCUGGUGAAUGCUUACCAACAUUUGUCUUUGACCAUUGUGAAGACUUUGGCGGAAGACUUUUUGGAGGAGCACUGUGUCUUUAAAGAACACCCCUUGCAGUACGUUUAUGGCGCAGAAGAAGGCAACAUGUAAACACAUUUAGGUCGAACAGGCCUAUAUGACUUUACCGCAUGUUGUCUCUGUGUGGAUGUUUGAAACCCAUUUGCAAUAACAGCAGGUGACGUGAUUUUUAAAAACAUGUUGCGCAACUGCUCUGCAUAAAAAAUAUCUCCUUUCAAUUCUGAAGCAGCCAUUUGUUUUGUGGAGGUCAUCACCUAUAGCUGAACUUGCUUUUUUCUUGGUCUACAUCAAUCAAGUAUUGAGACUCAAGGCUACAACAACACAGGUUAUAGGCGCUGUUCUUCCUCGCACCACAUCACUGGAAGUUUUGUUGAUGAUUUAGUACAUGGCAACCUGAAAUCCCGUAUACUGAUAAAUGAUUUUAGUUAAGCUUGAUAACAGUCUCCAUUGGAGUCAGGUCUUGUGAGAGACCCUCUUAUUCUUUUUUUUGCAGGUGCUUUUCAGUGGUUUGUGUCAUAUGGAGGAUGCCCUUGAGCCAUUGUAUCACAUGCACUUUAAUGUAACCAUGACAAUUUUCUGUGUCUGCUUUGUACAGAAAAAUAUGUACCAGCUCCAUCUGGAAAAAAAACAAAAGCUGCAGCCCUCUGGUGAAGUGCAUGUAAAUCUCUUAAUGUUCUUGCAUAUAUGAUGGCUUUAUGUUUUUGGAGGGAGCCCAAUCACAAGAGGCUCUGAAGAUUCAAGGAUCAACAACAGACUUUAUUUCACACUGCUGGAAAGUCAAGCCUGGAAAACGAAUAAUAAACAUGGACACAUCCUUGAAAAUGGACCAUUACAGAUGCUAACACCUUGUCCGCGCUGUGUAGCGACAGCAACUUGUCUAUACUAGAAGCUUUCAGUCACAGUACUGCUGUAUGGUCAGCCAUGUUUUGGCAAAGCUAACUGCCUCAUACACAAUCACAGUAGUAAUGUGCACAAGCAAAAGUUGCUUGAACAUUGGUCUGUGUCUGCAUACAAAUAUCCAUUAGAUUUGGUUUUCAGCAGUUAUUAUAAACUUCUCCAAGGAAGGAGGCUUAAUAUAUGUAUGUUUUAAAAUAACAUUUGAAAGAAACUGACAUCCAGGAGUACACACUCUUUUUCUUUUUCCUUUACUAUGUUACCUACUUGCUGUGAAACUAUGGUGAGGAUAUGUAUCUUUACUGCACCUCAAGUGAGCUGUAGUUUUGGUUAACCAUUAUGUGUUAAAAAAUAUAUUUCCAUGAUAUAACCCUUUCUCUGUUUGUAGCAGCGGUGACGUGACUGAAGUCUAGCUAGUGCCCUGUUUAUCCAGCACUGAUUGACUUAAUUUUUAUUGCUCUCCUUUCGUUCCUGGCAGAAAGAGGAUGUCUUAGUUGCUGCGGGUAAGUAGACUUCAUCUUCAGCCUUGUCGUUUUGUUCUGUUCUGGCCAUGACUGUAUUUGCUGUCUAUUCUGGCAGUUAAUUCAGUCCACACACACAAAGUUAACAGAGGUCACUCUGUAAUCUGCUGCCUGCUUUUAAUGGACUAGUUAAGAUCCAUCAGUGGUUGUGACCCUCUGAGAAUGGCUUUGAACAAAAGAAAAAAUCAAAGGUCAUAUCAUCGUUGGGACUGUAUCGCACUGUAUUGAAAAUGUUUGCGAGCAUUUUAUAGUCAGAUAUGAAGACUUGACACUCUGAUCUUGAUCUUCAUGCUGCAACUAAUGUUCUUGUGGUUGUAGCCAGGUACCAACAUCUUCUGGAGAGCCUUUCCAGAGGAGUGGAGGCUGCUUUAGCAGCAGAUAAAUGGCAAUCAUUUUGGAAUGAGACAUCCAGCAGUCACACAAGUGUAAUGCUUGGUUGUCUACAUACAUGCCAUGUGACGUAUGUUGGACCUAUCAGCACAGUUAGUUUGCUGAUAAUAGUGUCCCCUGUAGCCAAAAUGGCUCAACAGAUGUAUAAAUCCAGCAUGUCUGAUUGCCAGACUAAUGCAGGUUUCGUAAUACUCUAAGUUCAGAACUUGUCCAUCAUUGUGGGUCCUGAAACUAGCCAAAGCUAGCUCCAGUGCAGCUCAACCAGAGCUGAUUGUCAGUUCAAAUGUCAAUGUUACAUGAAUGGCCUGUUGUGUUUUUAUCUUGUUAAUGGUGGAGGACAAUCUUUCCACAGUGCACCUUAUCUUGGGAGCGGUGAGAUGAUUGCGUUCGGUAGCUGAGUCAUGCCUGGAGAAAGUGCUUCUAGGACAAAAUGGGACUGAUGGCACUGGGCUUCUAUAACGUCGCUGGCUUUGAGAAUGCUCCUAAUUUUCUUAGUGGUGCGGCCUCUUCGCCAUCUGUACAAGGAGAGAUUGUGGACAGUAUUUACACAAGUCAGCUACCUUUGUCGCAGACAAUCAUCUUCUGUGAGUUUGACUUAAGACUUGUUGUUGCACGCUCACUGAGAGUGUACCCAUUGCUGGUGUCCUUUGAGUGAACACUUUAUUUUAUUCAGAAAUGUAACUCAUUCACCUAUUAUUCUAAUAGACAACACUUGAACAAAAUCAGGCGGAACAGGCCCACCCAUGCCUGCAUGGCUGUCCCAAAUCAUAAUGUAGCCAAUUUUGGCAGCUGGAUAUCAUUCUGCUGCUGGAACAUCAAAGAGUGCACUGCCACUCACCAACAUCUCUGCGGUUCAACGCAGAGAAGGGCGUUAUGGACACCCGUGGGUUGCAGAGGUUCGCAGAGAAGCCGAUGCGCAAACUAAGUGUCAACAACGUGUUGUGCAACCCUGCACAUCGAACAUCCUGAUUGUUUGAUCCAACUUCCUGUUUGUAUGUGGGUUCAAAACUGAAUAGAAAAACAUGUUCCUUUCAUGUAUAAAAGAAACAAUAAAACCACAAAAAUGUUUUCAGACAAUGCCUGUUGUUGCUAAUGUGCAGCCUGGACAAGUGUGUUCCAGUUUUACCUGUUGAAGAAUGUGGCGUUGGCUCAAAUACCAAAAGUGUGUUUCCGUUGAACUGAGCAAAGGGCUUUGGCAUGCGCACUCUUGAAGUGAACGUAAACUUUGUGUGACUAUUUUGUUUUGGAUAGUUGGAAAAAUCAUUUUUCCUCUGUUGUUGGUGAUGUAAGUGGCAUUUAGCUGGUUUUGUCAUAACAUGGACGUCACAGGAUCAAAGGCCUCACCGGGCAGUACUUUUUUUGCAACGUAAGUGUAUAAAUACCAUAAAAUCAUCUCGGUCAACAUGUCUUGACCUGAAGACAUUCACACAACAACACCAAAGAAUCAUGGGACACAGAAGAUUGCAUCCUACAUUUGUUUCGGAGGGAUGACUUUUCUGCAAAAGUAAGUAGAGCAGAAUUUGAGGUGUUCAAAAGUGAAACUUUGGAGAUCAUGCAUCCAAACAUGUAUGGUUACUCAUUUGCAGUAGUCAGGUUUCUGAAGUCAGUAUACCAACAGGAGAAUUUAACCCUUUUGUUGCAGCGACAGUAAAACUUGCUUAUUACCUCCCUUAAACCACUUGACCUGUUGUAUGCAUGGAAUAUGGGAUAUCAUUCACUUAUAAGGCAUCAAGGAGAUGUUUGUGGACAUUGAGGCAAUUCAUUUUGCAAGCUAGACCUUGCACUGUGCAUAUAAGACUUUAUUAUCUCUCUGUUGUAUUAUUUUGCUAACUACCAGUGUUUUCUCAGGGCUCGUUGUCAGACAACACAGCAUACCGGUGUUUGAGGACAUUGUACAAUAUCUGGAUUACAUGAAGCUUAAUGAACCCAUCAUUGGUUUAAACUAUUUGGACGAAGUGCCUUGUAACGAUCCACAAGCAGGCCCCAGAUACACAUGCAGGCUAUGUCAUCACACUGCAAACCUACAAGAAAUGGUCCGUCAUUUGAUUGGACGUAAACACCGGCAGAAAUAUGUGGAAUUGAAACGGCCAGACUUGGUGACCUGGGAUAAACAAUCCAUGGUAACCCAAGGAGGAAAGAUAAUACGAGCCAAAGCAGAGAUAAUAGAGAGACAGGAUGGACGAGGAACUCCAUUGCUACUGGUGAAAAAACGGAUGGAGGGCAAAGGAAACAUCUCAAGAGUUCCCACACGGCAGAAGCAAAAUGGGAAUCGAAAUAUCUCACAGAGUUUGACCCACCGAGAUGUGCCACCUCUUCUACCAGAACUCAAUCGGGAUGAGUACUCUCACCGAGGGAGGUUUCCCAAAGGUUACUCAAACCCCCCCUCAUUCCUUACAGAAGACCCUUACAUGGUCAACAGAGUCAGACAGAUGUACCAACAGGAGGACACAGUCAGCCAUGACCACAUGGGAGAUGGGCUGCGGAGGGCAGAUUACAGAGAAGCUGAUAUGUACAGACCAGAGUAUAUGGAUGCUGAUUAUCGUAGGGAGUGUGAAGGGGAAUAUGUUGAAGAUCCACAAAGAAGAGCCGUACCUGAGCCUGGUGGUGUUCCCAGGUAUGAUUCAAGGGUGGAGAUGCCCCAUGUCCAGGCUCAACAUGUGGAGUAUGACCCAGAAGAUGCUUCUUCUUACAGAAGGCCCUACCCAGAAAGAGGUUCGCUGAAAGAGUUCUUCUCUGAGGAAGAAAGGCGUGGGCGAGUUUGUUCUGCUGAGCAUCAGCCCUCGCAGCCAGUGUACACAGAAGAUGAUAACAACCGGUGGUCUCUGGACAGGGAACCAGGCAUACAUGACAGUAUGAAUAUAGCAGGUAGGCAGGGUUCGAGUGAACCGGAGGCCAAGAGGAGUAGCUUUCCCACACCUAUGGAGAGUGACCAGUCGCGUGACCAUUUGUGUAAUGUGAUCAGAGAUUAUUGCCAUGAAAUGAGAGAACCACAUCAGGAGGAGGCAGUUGCCAACCCUGGGCCAAGCAGAACAGGACCACCUACCUCCCAGAGAACAGUGGAAGUUACCAGGGCCAUGUCUGACAUCCCAGAGCCAUUCAGGCGCUUUCUGAAAAGGGCCCCCAAUGAUGACGAGGAACACUGUAAAAGAAAAAGAAAGAGUCGCUUCUCUGAUGCCACUGCAGAGGAGGUGAAAACGACAAAGGAGAUGUUCAGUGAUGAGUAUGGCCCUCCAAAUCCAAGGUUUGGUGGUCGUCCUAGACCAGUUAGUGCAAAUCUGAAACCUGAAAUCUAUGAAUCACACCAGGACCUCUACAUAGAAUCAAAGAGCCAACAUCAUACUGAAAGCUGCCAAAGAGGACGCUCUGAGUCAGGAGGUGUUUUUGAUAUGCUGAAAAACAUUGAAAUUGAGAAUGCAGAAGAGGCUGACUUCCUGAAGAACAAACUUUGCAACCUUCUGCAAGAAUUCAAGUCCAAAAGAUUGGAGAAAGCUGGGCAAAAUAGCCAAGGUCGAGCUGUCAUCUCUAAAGACUACGACCACUUAAAACUGGACUGGGAGCCGUCUCCAAGACACCAGUAUGAGACAAUCCUCAAAGAAGAUUCAGACCUCAGACGACCAGAAGACCUCUACUUUAAAGAAGAUUGCAGAGGAAGAGGCUGGAAGCAGCAUGAGCAAAUACCUGAUAAGCGGCUCCAAGAAUACGACCACCCUGUACGUAGGGAACCCAGACACUCGAACUCAAACAUUGAUGAGCGGCACCAAGAAUACGACCACCCUGUACGCAGGGAACCCAGACACUCGAACUCAAACAUUGAUGAGCGGCACCAAGAAUACAACCACCCUGUAUGCAGGGAACCCAGACACUCGAACUCAAACAUUGAUGAGCGGCACCAAGAAUACAACCACCCUGUACGCAGGGAACCCAGACACUCGAACUCAAACAUUGAUGAGCGGCACCAAGAAUACGACCACCCUGUAUGCAGGGAACCCAGACACUCGAACUCAAACAUUGAUGAGCGGCACCAAGAAUACAACCACCCUGUACGCAGGGAACCCAGACACUCGAACUCAAACAUUGAUGAGCGGCACCAAGAAUACGACCACCCUGUAUGCAGGGAACCCAGACACUCGAACUCAAACAUUGAUGAGCGGCACCAAGAAUACGACCACCCUGUACGCAGGGAACCCAGACACUCAAAUUCAAACAGAAGCCGUUAUGAAGAGGUUUUUGGGCGGCCGGAUAUGUCUCGGACACCACAUGCUACCCAUCCAGAUGAGCCAGCAAGUUAUCCUGAAAGGUUUCAAGAACCCAUGCACCCUCGAGAUUACCGACCUGCUGCUGAGGCGUUUUUUGACUCCCACUGUUCUUCACCUCCCUUCCACAUGGAACGAGGACCCAGGAUGGACAGGGACCUUCGGUACUCCAACAACCUGGAAAAAAUCACCUCCACUCUCCUGGAGCUUGUGGCAAGGAAAUGAUCGUCAGAUUUCCGUAGAAGAUCUGUAAACUAAAUAUCCAUUAAAUUUUCUUCUUCGAUGUUGUUUGAGUUUUAGUUCAUUGGCUUUAGACAUUUGUAAAUAAUUUGGUUCAAUGGAAAAUGUUCGAACCUGAGUGUUUAUGUAACAUUUGUCUACUGUAACUGUCAUGUCUUUCAAUUCAUAUUAUUUUUAUCACCAGCUCCAAUAGUAAUGUUUUUUUCUAUAUUGGCUUUUAACUGUGCUGCCCAUAUAAAUUCAUUCAACUUUUUUUAUAUUUACUGCUGGUAUUUGUGAAUAACGUGGUUACAAGGACCAGAGUUUAAUGAAAACAUUAAAACAGUUUGGUACAAAGUC